CCUGAAUUCAGUUUCCCAUUGUUGACUCAACAGAUUGGAGAUGAAAAUUAUAUUGAUUUUGCUGAGCGUGGCUCUGUCCGCGGCCUUGGCCAUCGAUAGCAAGGAAGCGCGAAUUACUGGAGGAUCGGACGCCGGUGCUAAUGAGUUCCCAUUUACUGCCGCCAUUUUGAUCUCCGGAGACGAGGCGCAUACCUUCUGUGCCGGGAUUUUGGUGACUCCCCGUCAUGUGUUGACCAGUGUCAAUUGCGUGAUCCGGCAGACAAUGUUGACGGUCAUGCUGGGAUCACCGGAUAUUACCCGAAUGAACCAAUUCAUCCCGGUAACCAACGUUCGGAUUCACUGGAACCACAGUGCAACAGUGAUCAGUCGUGCAGAUCUUGCGAUCUUGACUUUGGCUCGUAAUGCCAAUCUGAGCGAAAGUGUCACGGUAGCUCAGCUGCCUCGUUGGUCCCAUGUAGGCAACACAUUCAACGGAUUCGGAGCCACGCUCGUUGGAUGGGGUUUGUCGGGCCAUAGAGAGGACGAAACGAUUCCUCUGCAACAUCUGCAGGUCGUUCGUAACCCUAUCAUCAGCAACUUUGUCUGUGGAUUGUCUCACAGAUUCCUGCAGGAUGAACAUAUAUGCUCCUCUGGAGACAAUGGUGGACCUUGCGAUGGUGAUGAAGGAGGACCAGUUAUGAUCACAGAGAAUGGCGAACCAACGGUGAUCGCUAUCCAUUCGUUCCAUUUUGACGGCAUCGGAGGAUGUGGACGUGGACGAUCUUCCGUCCAUACGCGGCUUACCGAUCAUCUGGAUUGGUUGGUCGAACACACAGGCGUCUAUAUUCGGCCUUGAACCAAGACUAAUCGUUCUAUCUUGAUAAUGAAAUCAAAUUUGCGUCACAACAAUAAACAACACUUCGAGUAGCAAA